CGUCAAAUGUCACAAAAUCCAUGUUCGCUGUCUGUCCGUUGUGUGAUUAUUUCCCUGGAUUAAUAAAAAAUAAAAGCUAUGUGUGAAUCACUCCAAUAGUUUGUAGUGAUAUUAUUAAUGAAUCUUUGCAUUAGCUAAUGAGAAAAAAUUAAUAAAAGCAUCAGAUAUGGCUAGAGAUUACGAUCAUUUAUUUAAAUUACUCAUAAUUGGAGAUAGUGGCGUUGGAAAAAGUUCUCUCUUAUUGAGAUUUGCUGAUAAUACUUUUACUGGAAAUUAUAUAACUACCAUAGGAGUAGACUUUAAAAUUAAAACUAUCAAUAUAGAUGGUCAAAAAGUAAAAUUGCAAAUUUGGGACACUGCUGGUCAGGAGAGGUUCAGAACCAUCACAAGCACAUACUACAGAGGAACCCAUGGUGUUAUAGUUGUUUAUGAUGUUACUAAUGGAGAAUCAUUUGCUAAUGUAAAGAGAUGGUUGCAUGAAAUAGAACAGAACUGCGACGUAGUUAAUAGAGUAUUAGUUGGUAACAAAAAUGACACACCUGAGAGAAAAGUAGUGUUGACUGAAGAUGCUCAGAGAUUUGCAGAUACCAUGAACAUUCAAUUAUUUGAAACCUCUGCCAAAGAUAAUAUGAAUGUAGAAGACAUGUUCCUUGCCAUAACACGCUUAGUCUUGAGGUCCAAGAGGGAAAUGAAAGAAAGACAGAAUUUCACUCAGGGUGACACAGUCAAUUUAAGAAAGAACAACAAACAAGGGAAGAAAAAGUGUUGUUAAAACAGUAUUAAACAAAGUCAAGCCAAAAUGUUAUGUGAAAGUGGAUCGUUUUGUGAUUGCAUUGAAGGUGUUUAUUUUACUUUUAUUAGUCGAUUCAUCGUCUUCGUUAUGAAUUAAAUAUAGGGAUCUCAGUUUUACGGUGAACAAAUUUUAGAGCUUGGUGGAUCGAGGUGAAGUAAUCAAAUUAUUUUAUCUCUCUACAGGGAGUAACCAAUGUGAGCUGAAAUUAUUUCUACACAUGUUAAUAUAGCGGUUUUUUAUCAAUUUUCAAUUUCAAACAUUGCAAGAUCAAAUGAAUUGCAGUUGAAAGAAUUCUUUCAAAAUACGAACAUGAUAAUAGACUUAAUUAAAGCAACUUGUAGAUAUAAAUAUUUUGUAUGCUGGGCUUCUUUUUAAAAAUCAAAUGAACAUAAUUUUAAAAUUGUAAAGGUAUUAUGAAGAGAUUAUUGAAUCUAGAUUUAGAUGUAAACGUUUUUCUUCAAUGUUGCAUUUUAUAUUUUCCACUGGUAAAUAUUCCGAACAUUUUCAGAAAUUCAGUUCCUCUUAUUGUGUUAUUUUAUUUAUUUUUAAUCAACUUGGUAUAUUUACAAAAAAAAUAAUGAUAAUUGAAAGAAUACCAAGGUAAAAUGUUGCAUUUAGCAAAAUCUCAAAUUUGCCUAUUUUUUUUAAUAGAAAUAAUAUUUUGUAUACUCUGUAUAUAUGUAUUAUAUUAGUGAAAUAAGGAAGUAGUCAAUGAAUUGUGUCUAUAAAGAACGCAUCGAAACCCCCCCAGAUAAUAUUCCGAAUUUAUUCAAAGUUAUAUGAUUUAUACUACAAAAAUUACUGUCAGUAACUUUCAUCUAACUCAAAGAGGAGAGAGUUUUUGUUGUGUAUAUUUCAAGGUGAGUUUUUUUAAAUAUCGAAUGAAAGUAUGUAGUUCUUAGAUAAUGGUUUAAAGGAAAUCCCGCUCUGAAAAACAUAUCCGAGUACAGUGUAUGUUGCAAUAUUGAAUUAUCAACUUAUCCUGAAAGUUAACCCUUAUGAAUUAUAUUAAAAUGACAUAUUCCUUUAUUUUUAUGUUAAUUAACUGAAUUGUUUGAAAUUCCUUUUAUAAAUAUUGUUUACCCAGUAUAUAUUAUAAUUUUUUGUUUACUCUACAAUUACCGAAAAAAUAAAGUUUAAUGUGUUUCUGUAA